AUGCUGCCCUGGAUACGGGCGGUUGACGACAAUGCCUCUCAGGCAUCAGUCGUCGUAGUCCCGACCAUUGUGACCACGGUCAUUGCCGUGGUACUCACCCUGCUGCGGCUGUACGUGCGAAAGUUUGUCAUGAGGACACUGUCCUGGGAUGACUGGUUCAACCUCCUCGCGACGUUGACCACCCUCGUCGCCAUGGCCUUGAUACUCGCUGCAGUCCCGUACGGACUAGGCCGCCAUUAUGACACCCUCGACGUCGACCGUGCCGUCUAUUGCAUCAAGCUCAUGCGGAUGUGCCUCUUUCCGUUGCUGUUCUCGACUAUCUUCCUGAAAAUCUCCAUCGGUCUUCUCUUGAUGAGGCUGUUUCUUACAACCAAGGUGUGGAAGAUAUUCUUCUGGUGCUUCAUUGCCUUCAACACGAUCACGAGCCUUCUUGAUGCCGCUAUCGUCCUCCCUCAAUGUGAUCCGGUCGCGCGAACAUGGGACAAACGAGUGGAUGGAACCUGUUGGCCUAGUUCGGCAAUCAAUGGGGCGGCCAUUGCGCAAGGAACAAUUGCCGCAGGAACAGACAUCGUGCUAUCCAUCCUACCCAUCGUGUUUCUAUGGAAGGUUAAAAUCCCGAUCAAAGUGAAGGCAGCCAUAUGCGGGCUCAUGGCACUGGGGUUUGCGAGUGCGGGGUUUGCACUUGGGCGAACAAUGUACGUUUCCACCUUGACCGAGUCAUCGGAUCCGACAUGGGACUACGUGAACCUCUACAUGUGUGCAUUCCUAGAAUCCUCCAUUGGAGUCAUCGCUGCCGCAGCACCCUCUGUACGGCCUCUCCUUCGCCCCCGAUUCUGGAACAAGGAAUACUCCCGGUCGAGAUCCCGCUCUUUCCCGCUGCAUACGUUGACCGCCAAGAAGAGCGCACGGCCGGCCUGGGGCGAUACCCUGUUCGAUACCAGGCUCGAUCUGGAAGACCGCCCGAUCAAUUCGAGGGACAGCGAGUCCAAGCUGUGGCCACAGCUGAGCAUGGCUAUUGUGAAGCGGACGUCGAUAGAAGUGGUGACCAAUUCCUUGACGCAUAGUGAGGUGAAAGCCAUGGGACGGCGAAGUGCUUAG